AUGUCAAGAUCGCAAGCAGCUAACGUCAUACAGACUAGAAGAUACUUUUCGUCUUAUAAGAGCAACAAGAUGGAACCUCAGGAUGUAACCGCCUCUGACUCAAGCGGACACGGAGUUCUGAAUAGUAUUGAUAUUAGUGAUGUAGAUUCAAUCAUUAAUAUCGAAAAGUCUAACAGGGAUAUAACGCCCAUCAGGAAGAGUGAAAGUGUUGAUAAUAAAUUCUCUGAUUUUAUUAAAAACCGAGUAUCUAACAAUGAUGGAAACCAAAAAUAUCAUAAACUAUAUAGGAUACUAAGUGAUAAACACUUUAUCAAUCUUUGUUACUCCAAAGUUAAAAGCAAACAAGGUAACAUGACAAAAGGAUCAACCAAUGAAACAUUGGACGGAUUCAGUUUUAAAACUAUCAGUAGACUUAGUGAACAACUUGAAAAAGGUAAAUUUACCUUUAAACCAGUAAGAAGAGUUAACAUACCUAAACCUGGUAAAACGGGAACCCGUCCUUUAGGAGUUGGGUCUCCUAUUGAGAAAAUCAUACAAGUGGGAAUGGCCGAAAUACUUAACUAUAUUUAUGAACCUAUUUUCUUAGAUUGUAGCCAUGGUUUUAGACCUAAAAGAUCUGUUAAAACAGCUUUAGCUGAGAUACAUUUACAUGGAGGACCCUAUGUAUGA